CGUCGUCGUUGCUGGCGCCUGGCAUCAUCUCGAAGCAGCUCCAUCACUCCCUCAACGACCGAAACAACAACCAAGCGCUGUAUCUCCCGACGACAAUCGCUUUCCAGGCUCGACGCGUAUUUCUAUCCACACCGCAUUCUCACGAUCAUUUCACCUAUCUUCCCCACACAACAGAAGCGCAAAAAUGGGUGACGUCGCUGUCGAAAACCCAGCAAACCAAGUGGCACCUCACAAGAGGGCCGCGCACUCAGCCAUUCCCACCAUUGAUAACUUUGAGGGUGUAUCAACCGAUGGAGGAGACGACUACGCGAACCUCAAGAAGCUUCAGAGGCAACUAGAGUAUAUCCAGCUGCAAGAAGAGUAUAUCAAGGACGAGCAAAGGAGUUUGAAGCGUGAACUUGUACGGGCUCAAGAAGAAAUCAAGCGAAUUCAGAGCGUGCCAUUAGUUAUAGGACAGUUUAUGGAGGCUAUUGACCAAAAUACUGGUAUUGUGCAGUCCAGCACCGGAUCCAACUAUGUCGUCAGAAUCCUCUCUACCCUCGACCGGGAGAAGCUCAAGGCUUCCUCCUCCGUUGCCCUUCAUCGACAUUCUAACGCCCUUGUCGAUAUUCUCCCCCCCGAGGCCGACUCCUCCAUUGCUAUGCUUGGCGCCGACGAGAAGCCCGAUGUGACAUACGCCGAUGUCGGUGGUCUGGACAUGCAGAAGCAGGAGAUCCGCGAAGCUGUCGAGCUCCCCUUGACACACUUUGACCUCUACAAGCAGAUCGGUAUCGACCCUCCCCGAGGUGUUCUGCUUUAUGGCCCUCCUGGUACCGGCAAGACUAUGCUGGUCAAGGCCGUUGCCAACUCAACCACCGCCAACUUCAUCCGAGUUGUCGGUUCCGAAUUCGUUCAGAAGUAUCUCGGUGAGGGUCCCCGAAUGGUCCGUGAUGUUUUCCGCAUGGCUCGCGAGAAUUCUCCCGCUAUUAUCUUCAUCGACGAAAUCGACGCCAUCGCCACCAAGCGAUUCGACGCCCAGACCGGUGCCGAUCGAGAAGUCCAACGUAUUCUUCUCGAGCUUCUCAACCAGAUGGAUGGUUUCGAUCAGACUGCUAACGUCAAGGUCAUCAUGGCCACCAACCGAGCCGAUACUCUUGACCCUGCUCUUCUCCGACCUGGACGUCUCGACCGAAAGAUCGAAUUCCCCUCUCUGCGAGAUCGCCGUGAACGACGUCUCAUCUUCUCCACCAUCGCCGGCAAGAUGAGUCUGGCUCCCGAAGUCGAUCUCGACUCCCUUAUCGUCCGAAACGACCCUCUGUCUGGCGCUGUCAUCGCUGCGAUCAUGCAGGAGGCUGGUCUCCGUGCUGUCCGUAAGAACCGUUACAACAUCAUUCAGAGUGAUCUCGAGGACGCCUACUCAAGCCAGGUCAAGGGUACCGGCGAAGAGAACAAGUUUGAUUUCUACAAAUAGAUCCACUUGGUGUCUGCUAUCAUUUCACGCACUCUUUUGUGUUAUCUAUCCUGUAUUACAUACGUCGUCAACUAUCAAGCCAAGGGGAUAUGGAAGGAAAAGUCCAUAUGAAGGGAGGCGGAUUAGAGCGAAAGGUAGAUUAGGAUUAAUCAACGUGCCGACUAAUGGCGCAAGCGAUAUGAAUUAGUCUCUUCGGUCCACACCGGUGAACUAUUUGAUUUACGCGAUGUAUGCUUCGAGUUACAUCUUAAGAAUCUUACCAUCCUGUAUGUCAGACUAUCACAUGUUUCUGCAACUUCUCCGGUCACAGCAUGAUACUGCAGCCAACAAAGUGGGA